AUGCGACUAUCAGCGAGCGCUCUGGCUCUCUUGGCGUUGACGAUGAGGUCGUCGGUAUCAGCGUUUGACAUACGAGACCUCUCAAGCUCGACGCCGCUGGGCGAAUCGUCCAUCUAUUUCUGCAAAUGUAUCUGCUUCAGCAACUACACAAUCGUGCCUCUCUACAGGCCAAAUGAUCCCUCCAAACCCUGCUUGAGCUGCACAAAACAAUUCUGCUUGGAUCAGAAGCUAGGCAUAUGCAAGGAUGCAGAGAAAGGCGAGACCGAUCUCGAUACGGCCACGGGCGAGGAGGGCGACGUGACGACAAAGUGCUUCCAACGCGACUCUGUCCUCUCUCGUUUCGUCAUCAUGAGCUUCAUCGGUAUCACUGCCGGCUUGCUACUGAGCGCAUCCGUCAAAGAUCGCUUGCCGGCACUCUUGUCGCGGUAUGGCAUUGCCCAGACGACGAGCAGCUGGGCAGGACGUGCUUCCAAUGGUCGACAGGUUUGGGAACAGUUCAGAGCACGGGCCAUGAGCGCGACCAGGCGAUAA